GGGCGGCGGGGCGGCCCCCCCAGCCCCGGCCACAGCCCCAGCCCCGGCCCCGGCCGCGCCGCCGGCGGGAACUCCCCCUUGAGGGGCCGGGCCGGGCCGCCGGGCCGGGAGGGGAGAGCGCAAAGUGGGGGGGAAAAGCCCGAGAACUUCCCGUGUGCGCCUGCCCCGCCGGGCUCCGCGGAGUCCCUCCUGAGAGAUGUCCGAGACUCCCGCUCAGUGCUGCAUCAAGCAGGAGAGAAUUUCGUACACCCCUCCAGUGAGCCCGGCACCGAAUUACACCUCGUCCCCAAUCCAUGUGCCAGUGCCUCAAGCCAUCAGGAUGGAGGAGGACGCGGUCAGACUGCCAGCACACCUGCGUUUGCAGCCCAUUUACUGGAGCAGGGACGAUGUGGCACAGUGGCUCCGGUGGGCAGAGAAGGAGUUCUCCCUGAGGCCCAUCGACAGCAGCACCUUCGAGAUGAACGGCAAGGCCCUGCUGCUCCUGACCAAAGAGGACUUCCGAUACAGGUCUCCUCAUUCAGGUGAUGUUUUGUAUGAACUCCUGCAGCAGAUCCUGAAGCAAAGGAAAGCUCGGAUGCUCUUCACACCUUUCUUCCACCCUGGGAACUCCAUCCAUUCUCAGUCAGAGGUCACAUUACACCAGAGUCAUGAUGAAGAUAACUUUGUCCAGAGACCUUCAAGACCACCCACAGAAACAGUCCACCACAACCCCCCAACCAUUGAACUGUUGCACCGUUCCAGAUCACCCCUCACCAACAACCACCGUCCAUCGCCAGACCCCGACCAGCGGCCGCUCAAGUCCCCCAUGGACAGCACUCUCCGCCGCCUCUCCCCGGCCGACAGGGUGCCAGGGAUGAGGCAUCAGCACGAGAACAGCCAGCAAGAGCCUUACCCCCUCUCAGUGUCCCCAGUAGAAAACAACCACUACCCACCUCCUUCUGAAGUGCUCCAAAAGCCCUCCAGCCCCCGCCAGGAGAACACCAGGGUCAUCCAGCUGAUGCCCAGCCCUAUCAUGCAUCCUUUGAUACUGAACCCCAGGCACUCCGAUUUCAAACCCCCCAGGCUGUCUGAGGACGGGCUGCACAGGGAGGUCAAGCCAAUCAACCUGUCCCACCGAGAAGAGUUCUCCUACAUGAACCACAUCAUGGUGUCCGUGUCCCCUCCGGGGAACCACACAAUGCCAAUUGGAAGGAUAGCAGACUGUAGGUUGCUUUGGGAUUAUGUUUAUCAGCUGCUUUCUGACAGCCGGUACGAAAAUUUCAUCCGAUGGGAAGAUAAGGAAUCCAAAAUAUUUCGGAUAGUGGAUCCCAACGGGCUGGCCCGGCUGUGGGGAAACCACAAGAACAGAACAAAUAUGACUUAUGAGAAAAUGUCCAGAGCUCUACGCCACUACUACAAACUAAACAUUAUCCGGAAGGAGCCAGGACAGAGGCUUUUGUUCAGGUUCAUGAAGACCCCAGAUGAGAUCAUGAGCGGCCGAACGGACCGGCUCGAGCACCUUGAAUCCCAGGAACUGGAUGAACAAAUAAUAUACCAAGAAGAUGAGUGCUGAAGGAAACAGGUGCACCACCUCUGUGGGUCCCUGGGAGGAACAUCUGCCCGCAUGGUUGGCAUGGUUUGGGAGGGGAAGAAGCGACACAGAAGCAGUACUUGAGGUUGCCGCUUAGCUUGAAAAACCACACAGGACCUGAAGCACCUUAACAAAACAAACAGGCAGAAGUGGUGCUGGCAGAAAAGCAAAGGGGAGAAAGCCUGGACUUGUGCACUACUUCGCUGUUCCUACAAAGUCUCCCUUCAGUUCUUUACUUUUUUUUUUUUUUGGUCUGUUUGAGUUGGGGGGGGGGUGUUGGUUUUUUUUUUCCCCUAAUAAACGUGCAGUUUGACUUUCCUUAUCUUACAUAGGACAAGAUGUCAGAUUAUGCUGCCAUUUUUUUUUUUUUAAAUGCUUUCCUAUGGAAAUAGAGUGCUUUUAUUUUCUGUGCAAGCCUCGUGACACAACACUGCAUAAACAAUAGCAAUACAGAAGGGAUUUGCUCAAGGCUUCCAGUUUGCUCGGAUCGAUUUACACGUGCUGCUGCUGGGAAAUGUGUUGAAGCCACCAAAAGAAUUUACCACACAUACCUGUCCAAUGACGAGGAGACACCCUUCACAUCCAGGCUGGGCUAUCAUCCCAGCAUAGCUUGGGCUCACAGUGCAUACUCUGAGUGGCUACUGACUGCUGGAAUAUGGACCAAAACCAAUCACCUAAGUGCUCUGGGGAGGAGAAAAGUAAGUGUGACAAACCUCUGCAACAGACUAUCAGUUAGUAUUUUCCGUCUUUCUAGCAAGGAAGUGAUAGACUGGAGCAGGGGGAAGGGUGGGCAGGGACAAAGACAUAUAUGUGUAUAUAUAUAAAAGUUUCAUAUAUAUAUAUAUGUAUAUAUAUAUAUAAACCUCCCCAAUGUUCUCCACAAUGCAGAAUUUCAGCUCAAAGCUUUUUCCCUUUCUAGGGAAGACUGAAGCAUCUGUAGUUAGAAAAGGAAGGGGUGUUUCUCAUACCUGCUAGCAAUUUGGGGGUGAAAGGUGAAGGACUGUUCUUACAUCACAGGGAGAAAGCAAAGGGACUCAUCACAUGGUUUGUAUUACUCAGAAGCCUCUCCAAGACCAUUUUCUGCUGCAGGAGAGGUAGAUGAUUCACCAGUCUGAGAGGUGAUAUUAGAGCACUAGAGACCAAAUAGCUGUACUUACAUCUUGUAGUUGAUUUUGGCUUGCUUUGUUUUCGGAUUUGGGGGUUUUUUUAUGCCUCCUGCUACCCUCCCCCACCCUCCAGCUCUGCCAUGAAGGAAGCUUGUCUCAGCUUGCCUGUUUUUAACAUGAUUUAAAAGACAAGGAAAAAAAAGAACCCUGGAGCCACGUUGCUUUCUUGGUUUGGCAUUUCGUUCUGGUUGCAAGGUGCUUCAGUUUGGUUUGCUGCACCGAGGGUGCUCUGCAUGAGGCAAAGAACUCUGCCUCCUUUGGUCACAGAAAAAGCUCAGCAGUCCCUGAUGCCCAAGACAAGAGAAUCUCUGUGGUGUCCAGGUGUCCAGCAAUCCAUCAGCAGUGGUCAUUUCAAUGGAAGGAAGAUCCAGCAGCACAAAUGAUGCUUGCAAAGGGAGAAGGUACACAGAGAAACUGUGCAGGAAUCUCGUGCUGUCUGAAAGCAAGCACUUCCGCACCAGUUCUGCUUUUAAGCAGAAAGCUUCUUCAGUGGGACCAUAAAAGAAACUAAACGUGGGAAAAAAUGAAAAAGCUCAUCUAAUCUAAUCCAUCUUUCAACCCAUUUUUCCAAAUAUUUAACAGGAGAGUUAAUCCGUCCAGGAAAAAGUGGCAUGCAAUGAACAGUGUUGGCAGGAGGAAAAGUGCCAGCAAAACCUCAAUCUAGACAGGAGGAGAGCAGACUUCGGGCUGCUCAGGAAUUAGUAGGUAAGGCCCCCUGGAAACAUGUUUUUUGCAGGUGCUGGGGUCCAUCAGUGCUGGUCACUUUUUAAACAUCACCUCCUAAGGGCACGGGAGCAGGCAGUUCCCAAAUGGCAGAAGUCAAGCAGGCGAGGCAGAAGGCCAACCUGGCUGAACAGGGAUCUUCUCCUGGAAAUAUGGCAAAAAGGGAAGGUGAAUACCCACUGGAAGCAAGGUCAAGUGACGUGAAGAAUACAGAAAUGUUGCUUGCUGCAACAGGGAGAAAAUCUGUAUGGCUAAAGCUCAACUGGAGAUGAAGCUGCCAGAAAUGUGGGGGACAAUAAAAAGAGUUUUUUCGAGUACAUAAAUGGCAAUGGGCAGUAUAGAAAUAUCCUCGGCCCAUUACAGGAUGGGGAUGCUCACCUCCCAAAAGGGACAGACACAAGGCACAGGGGUUUAAUGCUUUUUUUUUUCCUCUGUCUUCCACACAGAUGACAGACUAAGGGAUCAACUCCCAGUCAACCCUGACACUGUGUGGGAUUUGCUGCUCUAGUUGGAUCCCUGCAAAUCUAUGGGGCCUGAGGGGAUUCAUCCAAGAAUCCUCAAAGAGCUGCUGAUGUCACUGCAAAACCUCUCUCAAUGAUUUUUGAGUGGUUUUGGGAAUCUGGAGAGGUCUCAGCUGACUGGAAGCUGGGGAAUGUUUUCCUGGUUUUCAAGAGGGGCAAGGAGGAGGAGCCUGGAAACUCCAGGCCUGUCAGUCUCACUUCAGUGCCUGGUAAAGUUAUGGAGGAGAUUAUCUGGGAGGGAUUGAAAAACACCUGAAAGACAAUGCAGUCACUGGUCACAGCCAGCACAGCUUCAUGAGAGGGAAGGCCUGAUUAUCACACCUGAUUUCCUUCUAUGACAAGGUAACCAGUUCAGGGAAGCCAGGUGAUGCAAUCUUUUUGGAUUUCAGUAAAGCUUUCAGUGCUGUCUAUCUUCUGGACAAAAUGUCCAGCACAUUGUACACAAUAAAACACAUCACACGGUGGGUGUGUUCACAGGUUGAGCACAGAGGGUGACAGUGGAUGGGGUAACAUCAGACUGGCCACCUGUCACUAGUGGGGUUCUGAAGGGCUCCAUCCUGGGCCCUGUGCUCUUGGACAUCUUCAGAAAUGACUCGGAUGCAGGACUGGAAGGGACACUCAGCAAGUCUGCAGCCACACAAAGCUGGGAGGAGCUGCUGACACCCUCGGGCAGGGAGGGCCUGCAGAGACACCUUGACAAAUCAGGGGACUGGGCAGUCACCAACCACGUGAGGUUCAACAAGGGGAAGUGCCUCGUUGUGCACCUGGGAUGGGGCAGCCCUGGCUGCUCGUACACACCGAGAGCAAUGAGAAUGAGAUGCAGUGCCACGGAAAGGGAGCUGGGGUCCUGGUUGAUGGCAGGUUGAACAGGAGUCAGCAGUGCCCUGGCAGCCAGGAGGGCCAGCCGUGUCCUGGGGGGUUCAUCAGAUAAAGCAUGGCCAGCUGGGCAAGGGCUCUGAUGAGUCCCAGGUUUUUGUUAUAGCCAAGGUGCACACUGCAAAGUACAGAGAACAAGAGACAAUCCACCAGUAAAAGCCCACAUGCUCAUUGUUACGCUAUCAAACAAAGUUCAUCCUCAGUAAGACAGGAAAAUCCCAUGUGCUGUCCCAUAGGGAGGUUUUGUAGGGAAAAUGUUCAUCUUUACCAAAAAAAUGCAAUCACUUUCACUUAGGGAAUCUAAGUCAAAGGGGGAAAAAAAAAAGUUUGGUGCCUGUUGGAAACUCUUCCCAUUUCACAAAUAAGGGGCAUCCUAAGAAAACAUCAUCACAGCCACAGAGAAAAAGUUCUGUCAAGGCUGAUGCUAGUUUGAAAAUAGCCUUUGAACCUGCCUGCCUCCUGCUAGGCCUGUUUGGUGCAGAAGUCAGAGGCGUGGGUGUCACUGCAGCUGCUGGGACCUCUUUGGGAGCUGCAGGGUUUGAGCUGCUCUGGGGCUCUUCGAAGCAAGUUCAUCAGCUAUGACUGAAAAUAAAAAAGGAGAAGCAGGAUAGAGCACCACGUGGCAGAUACAUGGGAAUACAAAGACAGCAUCAGCAUGCUGAGCCUGUUGUUACCUAGCAAAGGUAACAGUGUCUGUCCACUAACACUGACACCUGCCUUCCCCCCCAGAUUCUGAUUUCCCAGUGUAGAAUCUGCCAGCAGCAAAACAGCCAAACUUUCUGCCUUUGCCACCAAAGCAGGUGGGGAAAGGGAGAAAGUGUUUCAUCCUCAAGAGAUGGGCAAAAGGCAUCUGGACACAGCCCUGGGCAGCCGGCCCUGGCUGGCCCUGUCAGGCCAGGUGACCUCCAGAGGUCCUUGCCAACUUCAGUACCCAGCAGUGGUUCUUCACACUGUGCAAUUAAGUUCAUUGUGUCAGCUUGCUACCAGCCUGAACAAGCCUCAAGACAGUCAGGCAGGACAUGCUGCAGUUCCACAGCAGAAUAUUUUCCUGAUUUAAAUUCGAAACCUGUUGACUGCCUCUCCAUCCAGAGAACACUACUGAGGCCCUUUCUGUGAACACUGAGUCACUGCCAUCCUCCCCAGAUUUCAAACUCCAUGUAUUCAUUCUCCAGAUCUCUUUUGUCAGACUGCAACUGUGUGCAAAUCCAGAGUUUGAGGUUUGGGUUUGGUUUUUCUUUUUUUGUUUUGUUUUGUUUUGUUUUUUUUAAAUAAAAUUCUAGUGUUUUUAUUGAUGAUGGCUUCUUUUUUUUUUCAGUAAGGUGUGGGGCUAAGGGACUGAAUCAAAUGAAUGUAACAAAACAAAAACAAACAAGCCUAUUCUCAGGGCCAGUGAGUUGCAAAUAAUUUUUAAAAUGCUUGUAAUUACAUCAUCUCAAUAAAAAAAAUUUAAUAUAAAAGCA